UGAUUACCCUACCUGAAAAUGAGCCGCCCAAGAGUCUUCUUCGACAUCACCAUCGCCGGAAAACCAACCGGACGUAUCGUUAUGGAGCUCUACAACGAUAUUGUUCCAAAAACCGCUGAGAACUUCCGUGCUCUUUGCACUGGUGAGAAGGGAGUCGGAAAGUCCGGAAAGCCACUCCACUUCAAGGGAUCCAAGUUCCAUCGUAUCAUCCCAGAAUUCAUGAUCCAGGGAGGAGACUUCACCCGCGGGAACGGAACUGGAGGAGAAUCCAUCUACGGAGAGAAGUUCCCAGACGAGAACUUCAAGGAGAAGCACACCGGACCAGGAGUCCUUUCCAUGGCUAACGCUGGACCAAACACCAACGGAUCUCAAUUCUUCCUCUGCACCGUCAAGACUGCCUGGCUCGACGGAAAGCACGUCGUUUUCGGACGUGUCGUCGAAGGAUUGGACAUCGUCAGCAAGGUCGAGGGCAACGGAAGCAGCUCCGGAACUCCAAAGUCCGAGUGCCUCAUCGCCGACUGCGGACAGCUCUAAAUUUGUUCUCCGUGAGAACUUUUCUUCUUUUCAAUCACCCCAUCCAACCCUGUUUAUUGCUUCACUUUUUCAUCUUGAUCAUCAAUAAAUUGCUCGAAAAG